UGCUUGGGCAGCAAUACGGUCCUUUACUGUAACAUGGCAAACGCCACAUGUUCGUGGUAAACAUCUCUGUUGAGCUGUAGUUUUUAAAAUCUCAUUUCACGAUGGAGUCGGUAACAAACACGACAGCAGAAGCGACAGCUACUAUGGACUGUGACGGAAACACAGACACAGACGCGUUUGAGAAAGUGAAGUCGAAGAGGAGUCACAAACGCAAGCGGGACGCGGCAGAAGUGGACAUGCAGGCGGAGGGUUCAGUAGCGGCCAAGAGACCGCAGUUCCCAGCCUUAUCUGGAGACCAGCUCAGGGGAGGAUCAGAUGAGAUGCGGAAAGUGUCUGUUCCUGCUCAUCGUUACACACCCCUGAAAGAAAACUGGAUGAAAAUUUUCACUCCCAUUGUAGAAAACCUGCAGCUUCAAGUGCGAUUUAAUCUCAAAACAAGAAACGUUGAGAUUAAAACGUGUAAAGAAACUCAAGACAUCGGUGCUCUGACCAGAGCUGCUGACUUCGUGAAGGCUUUUGUUUUAGGGUUUCAGGUGGAGGAUGCACUCGCACUGAUCAGAUUAGAUGAACUGUUUUUGGAAACAUUUGAUGUCACAGAUGUUAAACCUCUGAAAGGAGAUCAUUUAUCCAGAGCCAUCGGGAGGAUAGCAGGGAAAGGAGGCAAAACUAAGUUUACCAUUGAGAACGUGACAAAAACCAGGAUUGUGCUCGCAGACACGAAGAUUCAUAUAAUGGGAUCUUUCCAGAAUAUCAAAAUGGCACGGACAGCAAUAUGCAACCUCAUUCUCGGAAGUCCACCAUCAAAGGUAUACGGCAACAUUCGGGCCGUGGCGAGCCGUACAGCUGAGAGGUUUUAACCUCAACACACAGCUCAUGGACUGAUCCAGAAAUACUGCUGAUUUACUGUUAGCCACAUUGGCCUGAAAAUGUCUUUGAAUCAUACGACGGGUGAUCUUGAACACCAGUGGACCGAUUUCUCAACCAAUGGAUUUUUCUGAUCCUUCAGAGAAUAAACACAUCAUGAAUGAAAAUGA